CGCUGUUCUUUUAGGGUAUGUUUCCCGUUGAGCGAUGAUGGCGAAGUCGGGCACGGUACGACGCCAUAAGGUGCUGUCUUCUGGAAGGUUGACAGGAUCAUCUAAAAUAACAUGCAAUAAAAAACAGGUAGGUCUAAAAAAAGCAGCACAUUCUGAUGUAGAAUCUGGCUACUCUCUCUAUUCCACAGAUUCGGAGAAUCAGGUUGCAACUAUUCAUAAUGGACUUGAUCGCUGUGCAGCUUUGCUCAAGGACAUCUUACAAAACGACACUGAGCGAACGGAAACUGGUCAUCAAAAGCCAGGGAAAGCAAGUGGUGUCAAAACGACUUCUAGACCCUUACUCAGUAAAGUGAAUGGUUCAAAGAAGCGGUUUCCGAAGAAAACUACACUUUCUAUGCAUGUGCAUAAAGAAAUUGUGCCUGUGUCCAAUAGGAAACCAGCCUCAGUUAGCACAACUGCCAUUGGAAAAGACAGAACCCCUGAAAGCACUGAACAACCUCUUGUCCAGCCAAUUCAGGCAUCUUUCACUCAGCAUUCUCCUGUAACGUACCAGAAAUUGUGUGAUGAUGUUCAAACCCAAGUAUCUCUGCUAAAUAUCCAGCCUCCACAAAAAUCCACUGGUAUUCCAGAAGUGCCACUUCGCACCAUUCCUGAAAAUGUAGGAUAUCAGCCGGUUGCAGCGUUCAAUUGUCGUUUACCUACUUCCACACCAGCUCUGUCUCCACAGCAUAUUGCUAAUCCUUCAGUUGUUCAGUCAGGUGUUUCUAUGGACAACUGCAGCCCAUGUGAACCACCAGUGGGAUCCCUCCUUUUGCCAGCAGGUUUCAGUGCUUCCACUUCUGUUGCCCAAGCACAGCCUGUUCCUGCUUGUUCUGCAAUGCCCCAUAUAGUUCAGACUACUCUGAGUAAUCCUACAAGACCCACAGUCGUCCCAACGCCUGGUAGCAGAGAGACUGCAUCAGACCAAGGAAGUCACAACCAACAGCUAAAAGAAGCAGACUUAAUAAGACGCAUUCAGGCACACCUGGCUCUGUUGCAAGCACGUGAAAAAGAAAGCCAGGAGGCUAAAGAAAAGUGCCAGACUGUAGACCCAAUACAACCCCAGACCUUGAAUUUCCAAGAAGGAACUGCUGAGGAAUAUAGUGCGGAUACUCUGAGUGAAGAAGACCUGGAUGGAGUUGACAUGGCACCAGUGAGAGAGACAAGUUGUCAGACUAGCUUUGACAAGGCACCUUUAAAGCCUCAACAGAGGAGCUUGCAAGAAACAGCUAAAAAAAUGAAAACAGUGAAGUAUUUUUUGAGAGAGCUCAAGGCACUGCUCACAGACCACGAUGAUUCAGAAAUCUUGAGGCUACUAGGUGAAGUGGAAGACUGUAUAUCUCUGUUGCCUGCAGCUGCUGACAAUCCAAAUAUGCAAGCUGAAAUAGCACUUGCUAUUCAACCUCUCAGAAGUGAAAAUGCACAGUUGCGCAGGCGAUUAAGGAUUUUGAACCAGCAGCUCAAAGAACAGAAGAGGCUUGAAAAAGAAUGCAAUCUGGGUGGCAAUAUUGAAUUUAUCUCCCUUCAGUCCUUGAAUAGGACACUGCAGAGUCAAUUGACUGAAUCCAUGAAAAGCAUUGAAUCACUGCAAAAUAAAAAUGAAGAACUAAUUAAAAUCCUAGAAAGCCAAAGAGAAGAAGAAAAAAGGUUGACCAGAAUAAUCCAUGAGAGGGAACAAGAACUGAUUGCAAAGAAACAACAGUAUGAGAUUGAAUCAACAAAGCUCAAAAUGGAAGCAGAUGAGAUGCUGGCUAAUAUGAAGAGUUUCCAGUAUAAAGUAGAAGCAGCCGAGAAAGAGAACCGGAUAUUGGGUAUUACAAUGCGUCAGCGAGAUGCAGAAGUGAACAGACUGCGUGAAUUGACCAGGGCUCUGCAGGGCAGCAUGUCCAAACUUCUGUCAGACCUCACUAUGGACACUGCUAAAUCAAAACCAGGAAAGAGCCUGUCAAAAGCUCUCCUGGAAAUUCAUGAAAAACAGCUGCAGUCUGACAUGUACCCGCUUAGUGCUUCCAUAAUGAGUUACCUCAAAAACUUAGAGACUGAUCCUGUUCAGUUAAAUACAGUGCCCCUUUCAUCAAAGGGUGAGAUGAAAGAAAAUGAUGAAAUGUGUGGCAUAGCAGCUGAACGCUCUCCUCAAAAGUGUUGUCCUGUGGCCCAAGCAGUACUGGCUCCAACGAACGCGUUUACCUUUCUAAAGCCUGAUGUUGAGGCAGCCAGUGACUCGAGCACUUUGGUAGGCGGAGAAACACCGGAUGAGACUAUUUACAUUCCAUUGACUAGCAGUCCAUCAAAAAGAGCAGCAGCUGCAGCUGAAGGAUGCACCAUCUCUGUCCAAAACUCCAAAAGUCUUGACCCUGAUUUUAGAUUGGUUGAUCCUAAACGGCCAGGCAAGUUUGGGAUUUCUGUUGAGGCAAAAGUUUUUGACAAAUCCAGUGGUAGCUGUGAUCUAAAAAAAACUCUGGAAAAUAAAUCGGAAAAUAUGGGGAGGACAGCAAAGCUGGAAGGCAAAAGGUCUCAAAUGCAGCCAAAAGAAAUAACAAACAGAGCUGCUAAAGAGAUUUUGGACAAUCCAGACAGACUUCAGCCUGAUAAAUUCUUUUAUACUCCCAUUUCGCAUUGCAAAGGAAAUGUGCAGAAAACAGGCAUUGGAAUUUCUGUUCCUGAUUCAAGUUUUUCAACCUUUGAUUGCUUGUCAAAAAAAUCAGAAUGGACUAUAUCUUCCUUUUCAACUUUCACAUCUCAAGAUGAAGAGGACUUUAAAAAUGGUCUUGCAGCCUUGGAUGCUAACAUAGCAAGACUGCAAAAGGCUUUGCAGAACAAUUUGACAAAAUGAGUCCUUAAUGGAUGAAGGGGAGGAAGAGGCAUGCUUUUCUUGUCUGGUCGAAAGCCAAUAAGCUUUUCUUAUCAAAGUGAUUUUAUAAAAUCUUUUGACUGUAUAUUUUAAUAACCUAUUUGUCUUCUGAACUGACACAAAAUUCAGUUUUCUUACUGAAGGGCUAUUUCAUUUGUGGAAAAAAAUUAUAAAAAUCAAGUGUAAAUCUGAAAUGUGAUUUUAAAUUCUGUAACUUAACCAUUGUUCCUGUAAAUAG